AUGGCUACUCGGUUUUCACCAAAAACAUUGAAGGACAUGACAAAAAGCGAUUUAAUUGAACUGGUAAAAUCUUUACAAGUUGAAAAUGACGAUUUACAACUAAAACUUAAAAAAGCUGAACAUGCUGGUCGGCAUCAGGAUCGAUUGCUUGAACAAACUCAACAGCGAUGUGAAAAACAUCGAAAGAAAAAGAACAGAUUGGAACAAUUCGAUCAUAUAUUAACUGUGGGAUAUGCUGUGGUUUUUACUGUUACUGUAGCUCUUUUUUUUAUGCUAUUAAUUUAG